CCGCACAGUGCUGCUACUGCAGCACCCACGUGACGUGAGCGAUCCAAAGCAAGACUAGGACGGAGGAAGAUUAGGAAGCAAAAAAGAAACCAGCGACGACAUUCAUGCAGUAACAUCACCACACUUCCGAUACAUUUUCAUCUUCACGUUCCUCCCCCUCCUCGCGCCCCCCCUCCCCACUCUCGAUGGUUCGGUCCUGCCGUCUGUCGCGCGUGCACGACGCACUGUUGUGCUGAGUGUCCGGGAGGCAGCAUCCCGCCUCCAGCUGUCAGCAUCCAUCAGACUGAAGUGCCAUGAAUCCUCGCUGCCUCGCUCGACCGCUGCCCCCGCCCUGACGUCCGUGCAGUCGUCUCGCCACCCCGGCUGACCUCUGAAGAGCCAUCCUGGGCCCACCCCUAAUAUGUCUGACUGAUGCUAGGCUAGGCUAACAUCAUACAAAAAAAGCGCUGCCUGUCACAUGACCACGCGACCUGUGUGUUGUAGAAAGCCCUGAGUCAUGUCCGCCAACCUUGAGGAGAGCGACAGCGUGUUCGACCCCAUUCCCGAGACCGAGCUGCUGGACAACAGCAUCCAGAAGGGGCGGGCUCAGCUGUCCGUCAAGACGAGGAGACAGCGCCCCUCCCGCUCCCAUUACCGUGACAGCGUGAGCUCCACGGAGGGGGACGAGAGCAUGGACAGGAAGGAGGACUCCGCCCACUCUCCUUUGCGCUUGACAAUGCGAGGCUCCUCCCCUUCUCCAGAUUCCCUGCUGUCUGUGCGAAGUCCCGCCUUCUCAUUCGACACGUCACUGGUGGGCCAAUCACAGGUGCGACGCUCGCCUGAAGACGGAGGCCUGUCAUUGGCUGCCACUCCGAGGAGGCGGUACCACCAACUGACCAAUGCCACGUCUCAAGAAGCUCUGGCGACGCCCACCAGCUCGCCAUCCAAGUCGUGCCCGUCCUCCUCCGACGUCUCGCCAGUUUACACGAGGAGGAGCAGGAGGCCCGACAGCGAAUUUCUAGUAUCCGACCCGAGUCGAGACUCGAGUCCAGCUGACCCUGGCAGUCCUCCAGUCUUGGACAAGAAAACCAAAAGACGCUUCCUGGAUUUGGGUGUCACUCUGAGGCGGUCCUACCUGCGAGUGAAGAAGGACAAAAGCGAGCGACUCUCAGCGGGAAGCAGGGAGACGUCUGAGAGUCCGUCUCGGGCUUCGGCGUCCUUCGUGUCCUUCUCCUGGUUCUCUGAGGGUCGGGGAUCUCUUUCCUCCUCUGGAACACCACCCUGCUCCCCCCAGAACAUCCCACUGGGGUCUGGCAGGCCUCGCAAGUCCUCCUCGCAGGAGUCAGCGCUCAGUGAGGAGUUUUCUCCUCCGCAGACGUCCCCCUCUGCCUGUCCCCACGUGGAGUUGUCCUCCUCCCUGUCCUCACAUCCAUACCACACGCUGUCCCAGUCUUCCGAUGAGCCCAGCGACGAGACAUCUUCUCAGGUGUCUUCUUGGACGACUCAGCAGGUUUGCGAUUGGCUCGGUGACGUCAGCAUGGACCAGUACGUCCCGGAAUUCAGGGCUGCGGAUGUGGAUGGACAACAGCUGCUUCAGUUGGACGGCAGCAAGCUGAAGGGUCUGGGCGUGCUCAGUUCGUCCGACCGCGGCGCUCUCAAGCGGCGCGUCAAAGCCUUGCAGGCGGCCGCUGAGAAGGAGCGGAAGGCGCUGGACAAAAUGGAGAAACAGAAGGAGAAACAACGCAGGAAGGAGCAGGAGCAGCGCAGGAACUGACCACCUCCUGACCGGGAUGUCCAAAUAUGGUCAGAAGACAAAAAAGAUACCAAUGUUAACUUUUGACCCCAUUGGAGAAGAUUUAUUGUUAUGUCGUCCACUGGAAAUAAAAGGCCCUUAUUGUGAAAGAACAGGAAGUGUCAAUCACUG